AUGCCGCCGGCUACAGGUGCUGGUGUAGGCGCACCUGCGUCAGCAGUUAAUGGCAAUGGGGCAGCAGCAGGGGAAGGUGUUCCUAGCGUUCUUCUGCCAGACGCAGACCUUGGCGAACCGCUGCCCUUUGGCGGGAGCGGUCUCAGCAAAGCCUUUCGCCGGUCUCUUCUCCGUCGGGCUCAGGUCGCCCUUCCCAGCCACACGCGCGUGGAUGCUUCAACCUUUCGUCAAUCCGAAUAUGACGUCGAGUCCCAACGCGUUGUCGAUGCUGCCUAUGGCCACUUUGUCCCCAGCACACCCGUGUUCACUGCCCAAGCUGCGCCCCCCGUGCCCACCACAGCGCCAGCUGCCAAACACGUUCGCAUCGCCGAUCCCCCAGCCACGUCGCCCCCGCCAGCAUCUCGUCCCGCUCCUGCAACGGCUGUCCCAACAACCUCGGCGUCUGCCACGCUUGCACCUGCGCCUGCUCCUGCAGCCACGGCUGCCGUCACAUCUGUGCCCGUGCGCGCGGCCGGCCUUCCCUCGGGCAAUGUCCACUCGCCCGUCCGGCGUCAAAACAUGGCUAAUCUUGGCCGCGGACACGCUCUUCCCCCAGACGAACUGGAUCUAGCCCCAGUCCACGGGGAUACUCGCCUGCAGCACGCACCUCCUUUGCCUGCCCACUAUCAGCGUGCUGACCACGAUGCCGUGCGUAGCAUUCUCCACAACGAGCCUCGCCCCAUGGCCGAUCGACGCCAUAACCGCGUCCUCUUUGCUGCCGAUGACUCCACCUCUUCGGGAGCUGGCGUGGCGCUCAAUCGCCCCGUUCCACCCCUGGAUCCAUCAGAAUACACUAUGCAGUAUCGCAAACCUCUGGGCCCUGACACCGCCUCAACUCCCGUCCGUGCCCCACGGCCUGCUUGGGCCCCGCCAACACAGCCCAUGCCCGUGCCCGCACCCGAGGAUCUGCCCAUGCCUCCAUCUGAAUACGAUCGUGCCUACGUCUGGCCUGCCGAGAGUGGCCCCUCGUCAGCACGGUGUAUCAUGCAAAGCGAUAUUCGUCGUACCGACCCCGCCACCGUAGCCGAUGUCCUUGCCCACUACCGUAGCAUUGCGCCACCAGGCCUCGUCGACUCUACCUAUGCCCUAGCCUACGAUGUGCCUCCAGUGCCUGCCCCACCUAUUGCGGCACCGCGACCAGCUACAAUCGCCUCGGCACGGACCAACGCAGCCGCAGCGCAGCAUAACACCAUUUCAUCGGCGUCUUCGAAGGCGUCAUUUCAAACACCGCCGCGUGAGGCUUGGCCCACGGCUGCGGUGCAAUCACGCCGUGAAAAGCCCGCCGUUUCUGUUGGCAUUCAAGCCGACGUCGCGCCACCGCUAGACCCCAUCGCCGCUGCUCUGGUCGCUAGCCCCUUGAAGUAUAGGCCUGUCUCCGAAUACAAACACAGCUAUGAAUCUCCCCGCUCGUGGCGCGAGUCAACCGCUGUGCAAACCGACGACAGCCUGACGCAUCAGGCUUUACAGCCCCAUGUUUCAAGUAAAGAGCCCGCCUGGCCUCGUGCUGGAUCUGGACUACCCCUGCCGCACACCAACAUUCCAACCACGAGUGCCGUGACCUCUCCGACACGUGGUGCCCCAGCCACAUAUCGCUCCGAGCGUGAGCUGGCUUCCAAAGCGACCACCCCCAACACCCUCCAAGUGCAUGAUCUGCCAGCCGCUGGGCGGCCGAGCGUGGUAUCGAGCGGCAUUGGUCAACCCGAUUUGCCAGAGCUAGCCACCUAUGAUACUGAAUAUCGCAAUCGGUACAUGGACUGGCAAUAUCCCUCGCCUUCUCGGCGCCCCACCCAACCUGAAAAAAUUCCUUCAACGACCGAGUACACUCAACACUACGGCCCCCGAGAAGCACGAGUGGCUCAGGGACACACCAGCGAGGAAAUGCGUCGAGUAUUUGAGCGCGUGGACAGCGAUGUAGCCGCGGCGCAAUAUGCCGCACAACGUCGUCAAUUUGCGCCCAGUGACUGGCACCGGCAGCUAGAGCAAAAUCGUCGGGCUGCAGCGGCUUAUCGCCUACGUGGUCGACAGCUUGACCACGUUGGUCAGCGUUUGAAUGAAAUUGCUGCCGAGCAAGAGGCGCUGCUUGAGCAGGCUCGUGUUAAGGAGUUGCGCGAGCACCAACGUGAGGCGGCUCGUCGACUAGAUCUUGAUGCCCAGGUCCAUCCCCAUAUGGUUACGCGCUCUGGCACGGAAGAGCUUGACUUACAACCAACCUUCCCAAGCCACGAAAGCGCACCAUCAAUCAUCGACUACGAGCUUCCGGCGCGGACAUCAUCACCUCCCCGCUCAAGGACCAUGCCCACGGCCCAAGCAGAUGAUUCUGCAUUGCCUGGGCCUCAAGCCGACCCAACCAUCGACUUGGCAACCACUUUCAAGCGGUUGCACCCUGUUGGCCACUCGGGCACGGUGUCCCAAGGCCACGGCGUGCCUGGACCCUCUAUGGUGCCCCUGCGCCCGCAGCGCUUGCGUGGCGACGAAUCCUGGACCGAGUUGGGCAGUGUUUUGGAUAUCCAAAGCCCAGGGCCCGCGGCUGCUCAAGUCAAGCCCACGCUCCAUGCCACUUCGGUACCGGCUGGGCCAGCCUCGACAAUAUCACAAGUGAGCAGUCUUGCGCACGGCGACACCACGACCAGCGAAGCAUGGGCAACAGAUGCCAAUGCCGAGUACAGCCGACUGGGGCUCGGCACCGGUGGCACUAGCCGGCCUUCACAUCGCCGAGAGGCUACUGAGUGGGUGGACUGGUCUGCUGAGGUUGGCCGAGGCACGCCGAGUGCUCGUUUGGCAGAUGACGUGCUCGAGCGAGCGCGACGCCACCGGGCCAAAACACGCAUCUGA